UCUAGCGGACGCCGCAGAUGGCGCAGGGCUGGGGCUUCCCCCGCCUGUCUCCCGUCUUCAUCCUCUUCGCCUUCGCCGCCGCCCAAGCGCCCUUUGAGGCCUUCCAGGCGGGCCACAGCGCCUCCUCCCUUCCCGCCGCUGCCGUGGCGGCGCCUUUCAGACGGUACCUUUUGUAUGAUGUUAAUCCACCUGAAGGUUUCAACCUACGUAGAGAUGUAUACAUUCGAAUGGCAUCUCUUCUGAAGACCUUAUUGAAAACUGAAGCUUGGGUAUUGGUUCUGCCUCCUUGGGGACGUCUUUAUCAUUGGCAAACUCCUAAAAUUCAUCAAGUCCAAAUUCCUUGGUCCAAAUUUUUCGAUGUUCCAAGCCUCAAUAAAAACAUAUAUGUUAUUGAAUAUGAACAAUUUCUUGCAGAGUCAGGUGGUCCUUUUAUUGAUGAGGUCUAUGUCCUGCAAAACUAUGCUGAAGGAUGGAAAGAGGGGACAUGGGAGGAGAAGAUUGAUGAGAGACCAUGCAUUGACCAGCAUAUGUAUUCAACAGACAAAGAUAAAUACUACAGGGGAUGGUUCUGGGGUUAUGAAGAAACUCGGGGCCUUAAGGUGGUUUGUUUAUCUGUCCAAGGAUCUGCCUCUGUUGUAGCCCCUUUGCUUUUGAAUUUAUCCAGCAGUAGGUCAGUGAUGCUAGACAGAGCUGAACAUCUUCUUCAUGACCAUUAUGGUGGCAAAGACUACUGGAAUACUCGUCGAAGUAUGGUGUUUGCCAAACACCUCCGUGUGGUGGGUGACAUGUUUAGAGACAAAUAUUUAAACUCUUCUGAUGAGAAGGACAGAACAUGGUACUCUGAAGAUUGGAGAACAAUGAAGGUAAAACUGGGCACAGCCAUUGGUGGCCCAUAUCUUGGUGUUCAUCUCAGACGCAAAGACUUCAUCUGGGGUCACAGAAGUGAUGUGCCCAGCAUUCGGGGAGCAGUUAAGAAAAUCCACAGCCUCCUGAAGUUGUACAAGUUGGAGAAGGUUUUUGUAGCUACUGAUGCCAUUGUGCAGGAGGUUGAAGAAUUAAAAGCACUUCUUCCAGAGAUGGUGAGAUUUGAACCUACUUGGAAGGAAGUGGAACUCUACAAAGAUGGAGGAAUAGCAAUUAUUGACCAAUGGAUAUGUGCCCAUGCCAGAUAUUUUAUAGGAACCUCAGUCUCAACAUUUUCUUUCCGCAUUCAUGAGGAAAGAGAAAUUCUGGGUUUUGACCCCAAAACAACUUACAACAGAUUUUGUGGAGAUGAUGAGAAAACCUGUGAACAGCCAACUCACUGGAAAAUUGAAUAUUAAUAUAUUCAGUCUGUGGAACUGCAGCUGAUGCCUCACCAAAGAAAUUAUUUUUGUGGAAAGAAAUUGGUUUUAAACAUCUGUCCUUUUGUUCCAUUGUUUCUGGUGUUAAAUGCAAGUGAAUGGUAGUACAGUAGCUUAUUUCUUAAACAAUUACAGCGGUCAGUAUUAUGGUUGUAAUUCAAAAAAAGCAAAGUGUUCAACUGGCCUCUAAUCAAACCAUCACGGUAGACCAGUUCACUUUAACCCACUACUUUGCUUCAACAGAAGGUCCAGCAGAAGUGACCAUUGAAGGCCCUCAGCUUGGCUGAGCUGAACCGUUUGAACUACAGACCCCUCAACCCUUUGCAAAACAGCCUGGAAAAGGUCACUUCAGUCAUGGUUUUGAUCAGAACAAAACACACUUCAAAGAUUCAUACAUUUCUAGUUUUAACUGUUGACUCUUCUGAGAAGUCACAUAGAUGUCUCCUAUUUAAAAUCUGAUCAGAUAAUAUUUUCUGCUGCAAUUAACUUGUUUCUAAAAUGUUUUGCUGGAACUAAAUUCACAAAAACAAAAGAUCUAAGAUAUAACCGUAAUUGAAUAAAGUGUGUAAGAACUUACAAUUCCAUUUUAUUUGUGAACUGGGAAGAAAGUACAUGUAUGUGGCUAAAUUGUAUGUCAUAGUCAAGUUGUUUGUAUGAGAAAUUUUAAAUGGCCUAAAUUGUU